UUUCGACUCUCAGCAAGAUGAAGUAAUUUCUUUUAUUUGAGUUUGUUUUUAAAUAAUUAAAGAGAUAUGAUUGUGUAGAAGUGUUAUUGUGCGUUAAUUUGUUCACGCGAUUAUAAGACUGAUUUCGAUCUGAACAUAACAAAAUCGCACAAUGCACACACAACGAACGACGUUACGACUGUGCCUGUGGGCUUGUCUGGUCGCGAUAUGUUGGGCGGACCAACCCGCCCCUCUAGCCCAGCUAGCGCAGAACCCUUGCUCCAGCAAAACAACCUGCAGCGACUGCAUACGGGCGGCCAGCUGUGCCUGGUGCUUCGCCGCCGGGUUCAACGGCCCGAGGUGCUUCAACCCUGCCUUAGAAGGAGGCACUGCGGGCUGUAAUGAGGCCUACAUCUUCAACCCUGACAACGAGCUGUCCGUAGAUCAAACUUAUAACAAGGAACUUAGUAGAACGCGGUCUCGCUCGAGCUCCAGUGCAGGCUCGUACGGAGAGUCCGGUGCCUUCGGGGCCGGCGCCAGCGCUGGUGGCGCCAUGUCCACAGCCGGCUCUGGCGAGAACCUCGUUCAGAUCAAACCGCAGAGAGUCAAUCUGCAAUUACGACAGAACCAAAUGCAGAAGCUAUCCUUCGCCUACUCCCGUGCCCAAGACUACCCACUGGACCUGUACUACCUUAUGGACCUCAGUCGUUCUAUGAAGAAUGAUCAGGAAAAACUGGCUGCCCUCGGCAAUUUGCUCUCCGCCACUAUGAAGAAUAUUACUUCCAACUUCAGGAUUGGCUUCGGCUCUUUUGUGGACAAAGUUGUCAUGCCUUAUGUUUCUACUGUCGAGAAAAACUUGAGGGCUCCUUGCGAGGGCUGUGCGGCACCUUACGGCUUCAAGAACCAAAUGUCACUUAGCACUGACACCGCUUAUUUCGAUCAAGCUGUAUCGAAAGCCGACGUGUCCGGUAACCUGGACGCGCCGGAGGGCGGGUUCGACGCCAUCAUGCAAGCCAUGGUGUGCAAGGAGCACAUCGGCUGGCGACAGAAGGCCAACAGGCUUCUAGUGUUCUCGACUGACGCCGGGUUCCACUACGCCGGAGAUGGCAAGCUUGGCGGCAUCGUUCAACCCAACGACGGUGAAUGCCACAUGGAAAACAACUUGUACACGUACUCUACCGUACAAGACUACCCCAGCAUAUCACAGAUCAACCAAAAGGCGAAGGACCACUCGAUCAACGUGAUAUUCGCGGUGACGUCAGAGCAGAUCGGCGUGUACGAGGAGCUGAGCAAGCACAUCCAGGGCUCCAGUAGCGGCGUGCUCACCGAGAAUUCUGACAAUGUCGUCGACUUAGUGCGCGAGCAGUACAACAAAAUCACUUCGGCGGUCGAAAUUACGGACACAUCGAGUGAUGCCAUCCAAAUCGUGUAUUAUUCAUCCUGCCUUGACAAAACCAACGUAAUUCAGACGAAUAAGUGUGACGGAUUAAGGGUGGGCGAUGUCGUGGAGUUCACGGCUGAGAUCACCCUGAAGGAGUGUCCGAAGGACCCGAGCAAGUGGAAGCAGACGUUCGUCAUCUACCCGGGCGUCAUCUCCGAGGGCCUCACCGUCGAGCUGGAGAUGCAAUGCGACUGCCCCUGCGAACACCGUGGACAUCACGCGUACGACGACAGCGCCGACGUGUGCAGCGGGAACGGCAUCUCCGCGUGCGGCGUGUGCCUGUGCCAGCCCGGCCGCUUCGGCAAGAACUGCGAGUGCUCGGCGCAGGGCGGGGGCUCCGCCGACCAGGACCGCGGCUGCCGCCCCACCAACGCCAGCUCCGGGGCCGUCUGCUCCGGCCGCGGGAACUGCAUCUGCGGCGUCUGCGAGUGCAACAAGAUGUCCGACUCCACCGAGGUGAUAUCGGGGCCGUUCUGCGAGUGCGAGAACUUCUCCUGCGACCGCAACAAGGGUCUGCUCUGCUCGGGCCCGGAGCACGGCGAGUGCGUGUGCGGCAAGUGCCAGUGCAAGCCCGAGUACACAGGCGCUGCCUGCGACUGCCUGCUCGACACUAAGCCCUGCAUCCCGCCAGGUGACGGUGAAAUCUGCAGUGGCAACGGGCAGUGUGUCUGCGGUCAGUGUGUGUGCAACGUCAACAGCGCACAGCACUACUCGGGCAGAUACUGCGAUAAAUGCCCAACAUGUACCGGCCGCUGCGAGAAGUUCAAGGAAUGCGUGCUGUGCAAGGUGCACCACCGCGGAGCGGAGUGGAACGACAAACAGGUGUGCUUCGAAUCGUGCAAGGACGCCGAUGACAUCACACCCAUCAUCGAGAAGGGGAAACUUGAAGCGAACGAGUCCAGGAAUGAGCAUUUGUGCAGUUUCCAAGACGAAGAAGACGACUGCUUGUACGUGUUCGUGUACUCGUACGACGACAAACAAGACCUCUACAUCAGGGCGCAGGAGGAACGGGAGUGCCCCAAGAAGGUAUUCAUCCUGGGCAUCGUGCUGGGCGUGAUCGCGGCCAUCGUGCUGGUGGGGCUGGCGCUGCUCAUGCUGUGGAAGAUGGUCACCACCAUCCACGACCGCCGCGAGUUCGCGCGCUUCGAGAAGGAGCGCAUGAUGGCCAAAUGGGACACGGGCGAAAACCCCAUCUACAAGCAGGCGACGUCGACCUUCAAGAACCCCACGUACGCCGGCAAAUAAGGAUCUGUCACAGUAAUAAGUAUAGCAAAGGUUUAAUGAAUGUCGCGAAAGUAGUCGUCUCAAACAUGCGCCCAGGGUUGCGCAUACCCUCUACGACGCAGAAAACUGUGGGUCUACCGAAAACA